AUGGAAUUUCGGGAUGUCCCCGAAUUUUUCGAAGUUGAACUGGGAGAAUGCUUGACGGCGCGUACGGAGACGCUUGCAUCCUUCAGGGAACUAGGACCACCGGACCUAUGCCAAGUUGUCAAAAGCAGCGGCAAGUCUGGCCAAAAGGACGCUGGAUCGUAUCAUUACGUGUCUGGCGUUGAUGCCUCCACGUCGGCAUCACUCGCAGCCUAUCUUAAUUCUCUCACAUAUGCGGUAGAGGACAAUUCGACAUGGUUUGCAAAGACACCGGUCUGGAAGGUUCGAAGCGGGACUUACUGUUGCUACAACGCGUUCUCGCGAGUGGAUAUGCGUGUCGAUGUCAAAAUACCUGGGGGAGUCAACGAUUAUGUGAUUGACAUUCGAGGCGACCGGCACGAAGCAACGCAGGAACUCUGGCAAGAGACGUAUCUGUCGGCUAUCCUGAGAGCGAUCCUCUAUGCAGACGAUCCAAACUAUCGUCUGAUAGGAUAUAGAAAAUUAGACCCUAUAACCACUCGAGAAAGCGAGGUUCGCUUCUUGCAAGCUGCAGAGGCCCUCUUUCCUUCAGGAUGGCAGCUGGGGUCAGAUCCAGAGAUUCAAGUCGCCAGCCUCGUCUCCAACCAUUUGGUUUCUGGUAUAAUGAAAUACUUUGGGGAUGGAUAUCGACUUGGGCAGGCGGCCAACCUGUUUGAAAAAUUGCUAGUCAAGACUCCAGAGGUGGCCGCACUGCUCGCAAAGAGUUAUUUGGGGAUGAAUGAGGAAGUCAAGGCAGUUCAAAUCCUGUCGCAAGCCAUUCGUGACUCUCCUCAAUCAUUCACAUUACUGCACGUUCAGUGUGACUUCCUUCGAUCCAAGGCCAAAUACGAAUGGGCGCUUCAGAUAGCACAGCAGGCCGUCAAUUGUGCCCCCAGUGAAUUCGUCACCUGGGCAAAGCUCACCGAAGUCUUCAUUGAGCUGGGUCAAUACGAAUCAGCAUUGCUCACGCUCAACUCGUGUCCCAUGUUCACUUACAAUGACCGGGAUCUACAUAGGAUGCCCACACCAAGCAAGACGCACCUUCCUGUCAAACAGUUCAUCGCCGACUCGCAGAUUCUGGACAGUGAUGGUGUCGAGGAGGACACAGACCCAGCUCUCUUACGCUUACCCGCACCCGCUCUGCGUGGGACAUUCGCAAAAGCAUAUGAGCUUCUGUGCCGGCUCGUCUCGGAGAUUGGAUGGGAUGAGCUUCUGAAGACACGGAGCGCGGUGUUUGUUAUGGAGGAGGAGUACCGAAAUCAAAAGGCACAGAUCAUUGCAGACACACUCGAGAAUGAUCUGCGUGGGAACGGGGUUGUGCACGAAGAUGGGAGUGUGCAUCCGUCCAUGACGGACAAGCUGGCGACCGCAAAGCGCGGGCCAGAUGGAGACGAUGAUGAUGCGAGUACACGUGGGAUGGUGUCUCCGCCACCACAGAGUGAGCAAGACGCACAACAAGACGAGAUGAGAGACGACGAAGAAGACGAGCCACAUACUGCCCAAGCCGGGGCUUCAGUAAAUGGCGCCAAGAAGAGCGAGUUUUCUGCUAGUCGUGGUGGCAUCGAUAAACCGAAACGUGCUGCAGCGUCAGAGGCUGACGAGGACGAAGACCAGGACCGACCAAGGGAGAUGAGCGGGGAGACACAUGCCCUAAACAGCAAACGAUUAUGUGAGCGAUGGCUUGACAACAUGUUUAUGUGUCUUUACGAAGAUCUGCGUGUCUGGACCAUUUUCCGCGCUGAAGUCGCUCACUUCAAGAAUCACCGUCAAGCAUAUCGCAAGACUGGCUCUGAAUGGGAGAUUCUAGGUGACCUGGGCACACGAUUGCUCCACAGAGAGGAGGCAAAGGAAGCCUAUCAACGGUCGCUGGACAUCAAGUUCUCUGCAAAAGCAUGGAUGAAAUUAUUGGAGAUCUAUGCUGCAGAAGGCGACCUCCAACGAAGCCUGAACGCCGCAAUCCGCAUUACGGCCUACCAGCAUCGAUGGUACUUUGAGAUGGCGUUCCCGACUGCCGUGGCUCAUAAUCUCUACAAGCUCGGGCUCAUUCACGGACAUGCAAAAAUUUCGUUCACUCUCCUGAGUAUGGGACUGCCCGAUGGAAUUCGAAAAAUUGUGGAGAACUACUUGCAGUAUGGCAAAACAUUUCAGAUAGAGGGCUACGACUUCUAG